CAGGAACUGGCCAGGAGCGGACGGACGGCAGUGAAGGAAUCCCAAAACUUUUCCAACAUACAGUGCCGCCGUGGUCUGUUUACUGUUUAACUUCGUCUCCGGCUUGUCCCCGAAUGUGAAAAUAACGUUCACGUUGCCAUACUGUGUGCGUCGGUGAUGAAGUGGAUGCUACUGCCCGCUUGGAAGAAGUAAACUUGCGAGAGGAAAAACUUAUGGAAUGAUGCACGAGCGACUGCAUCCCUCCCUCCAAAGUUCAGCUAAGGUGGCUAACGUUAGCUAGCGCAGGACUCAGCAUGCUAACUCUGAUGUGAAAGUUUGGAUAACGUUAAACCUGUGUCCAUCCGUCAAAACACAUCACCUGAUAUAAUAGAGAAGGGCGUGAGGAUAUCUAACGUUAAUGUUUGUGGCAAACUGAAAGCUUUCAUCCUUGGCUUGUUAUCUUAGCCGCACCAGGUUACAGUAUCAAGCUAAUCAUUUUUAGCCAAGUGGAGCUAGCAGACAGACAGCUAGCCAAUUGGAAAGUGAAGUUAACUAGCUAUACUGUAAGGUUACUGUAGUUAGCGUUAGUUAAAACUCGGUGAGAAAUGACAUGACACACACUUCCCGUUUACCAGCUACUCUCCACCAUGAAAAAGGCUGCAGUAUUUUUUAACGUUUCUGGAAAUUGAACAAGUUUAACUAAAUGGUAUCAACACUUGCUAUAUUCUUCCCGAGGAGAUGAGAAAAGGAGCGAUAACCCUCACGACAAUAGCAUGAGAAAGUAAUAUCGGAGACGGAUGUACUUAGCUACUCGUGUCAUCAUUAUCACCUUGAGUUGUGGCUGUAAAAGUCGGUAGGAAUGUCAUGGACAUACAGUUAAUACAUUUGACAGAGUUAGUAGAUAAGAGCUGUAUUGACUCUGGACCACUUUGACAAGCUGUGUGACUUUUGAAGAAGUUGGUUUUGAGUGAGAGUUUUGAGGCAACCCAAGCCACUCACUAUCAGCCCUGCAUUUCUCCCAUUAUUGUUUUGCAUUAUCUGUUUGGUCACAUCCCUGACUCUUUAUCAAGACUUGCUUGGGGGGGAUUCUACAGUUUGGAGCCUUUGGAGCCUUUUUGCAUCAUUACCACCAUUGUUCAUCAUCACCCACAUCCAGAGGGCCUGCAUCUUGGAUGAAGUGGAGUGUUCUAUAAUGAAAGUGACAGUGACAUUUGGGCAGACAGGUGUGGUGGUGCCCUGCAAGGAGGGGUGGACUGUGAGGGACCUCAUCCAGCAAGCAACACAGAGAUACAGAAAACUCCUGGAACAGGAAGGAGAUUUCCUGGUUCGGACCCACCAUGUUGAGUACUGUGACGGAGGGAUUCUGGACCCCGAUGAUAUACUCAGUGAUCUGGUAGAAGACAAGGACAAGCUGAUGGCGGUGUAUGAGGAGCAGGAAGCCCAGCAGAGGGGUGUGGCUAGCACAAGGCUAGCACCCAGCCCUGACCUCUACCAAUCCGAGCUCUCCGUCUUCCAGCCGAUCGCAGGGGGAGAGAUUGAAGUCAAUUCCUCAGCCCUAAAGUCCAACACCCCCCUGUUGGUGAGAAGCAGCAGCGACUCAGCCCUCAGUCCCCAGCCGACAGAGACCGAACACUCCCUCAGUGAGGACACCGCCGGGAUGACAGCCAGUCCUGCUGCAGCCGCUGUGGAGAGGCCAGCAGGGGUAGACCGACCUCAAGGCAAACACACCUUCAAUGGCAGCCUGACUAGAACAGUGGAGCUCCUUGGAGAGGACAGUCCCCUGGGAAUCCAUGUGGUUCCUUACAGCUCAUCACUCAGUGGACGGUCUCUUGGUCUGUACAUCCGCGGAGUGGAGGAAGAGAGUCGCUCAAGAAAAGAGGGCUUGUUUCAAGAGGAUGAGUGCAUUGUCAUGAUCAACAACACCGACCUCAUGGACAAGACAUUCAGCCAAGCCCAGGAAGUGUUCCGUCAGGCAAUGCGUUCCCCUGUUGUCCGCUUGGACGUAGUUCCCUCCUGUCACAGAGAACGCUAUGAGAAGAGUCUGAUUGGUCAGCUUUUUGGCAACAGUGCCGGUCCUGACAGCAGCCCCCGAAUCGCCAAGACCAAAGAGCCACCUCCACCUGUCAAAGCCAAACCUGUGUUUAAGCCCUCUGAGAAUCCAACCAUGCGAUUGGCAGAAGAAGCUGCCACUGUGGAAGCCGCUGUAAGUACACCCAAGGGGAGGAGUGAGAGCCCCCUCCAUAAGAAAAGUCCUGCCCUCUCCAGCUUGGUGACCAAUAAGAGUGGAGGACGAAGACUGAGGAUCGAUCUAAAGAAAGGUCCAGAAGGUCUUGGUUUUACUGUAGUAACCAGAGAUGCUUCAGUCCACGGUCCUGGUCCUAUUCUAGUCAAAAACAUUCUGGCACGUGGAGCCGCUGUCAAAGAUGGACGCCUUCAGUCUGGAGACCGCAUACUUGAGGUCAACGGUGUGGAUAUCACAGGUGUGGGCCAAGAAGAGUUGGUGUGUAUGCUACGCAGCACGCGGCAAGGAGAGAGUGUGUGUCUUGUGGUCCUACGGCAGGAAGACAUGUGUCUGCCCCGAGAGAUGAAGGACGAGAUAUCCCGUGUGACAGGCUUUGUUCCGGAGAACGGGAAGGAGCAGCUCAUGUUUGAGGUGCCCCUUAAUGACACCGGCUCGGCAGGCCUGGGCAUCAGCCUCAAAGGAAACAAGUCCAGGGAGACGGGAGAGGACCUGGGCAUCUUCAUUAAAUCCAUUAUACAUGGAGGGGCAGCAUACAAGGAUGGGCGUCUGUGUGUCAAUGACCAGAUGGUAGCAGUAAACGGAGAGUCACUGCUGGGACGCUCCAAUCACGUGGCCAUGGAGACGCUUCGCCGCUCUAUGUCACAGGAGGGAAACGUAAGGGGGACAAUCCAACUAGUGGUGCUGAGGGCUCAAAAGGAUCAACAUGGGGUGUCACCCAAUCGCUCAUUUGACAGCUCCUCUGGCCUGUCAGGACUGGUGGGUCCAGUGAACGGUCAGACUAACGGCAGUCACUCUCCCAUGGUGAACAACAUUCUUUAUACAUCUAAUGUGACCAAUGGGAGUUAUUCUUACAUGGACGAGGAAGAGGAGGGGGAGCUGUUCAACAGCACUAACCAACACUCCUAUCUACAAGAAAGGGAAAACUCUCACACCUCUAGCCUUGCUCAGCCCCAGUCUCCUACCCAGAACCAGGACCAGUGGCAGUUCCAGCAUGUUAAAGCCUCGAAGAGCAUGGACUUGGGUACGACUCAGAACCAGCAGCACACUGUGGCAGAUGAAAGCAACGUCAGAUUCUUGGUUGGAAACACUGCAGCUCCAUCAACUCCUGUGGAACUCGGCCCUACCCUCGGCUUGAAGAAGUCCAGUUCCUUGGAGAGUCUCCAGACAGCCAUGUCAGAGGUUAACAGAAAAAACGAACUCCUCCCCUUCCAUCGACCUCGCCCAAAUAUGGUCAGGGGAAGAGGCUGCAACGAGAGCUUCCGAGCAGCUAUUGAUAAAUCCUAUGAUGGACCACCUGAAGAUGACGAUGAUGAUGGUUCGGAGCAGAGUUCAGGCCGGGACACCCCGGCAAGUAGUUCAUCCCGCCAGGGAGUGGAGGAUCGAACAGAGGAAAAAGGCAAAAAAGACAAGAAAAAGAAACCGAAAACAAAGAAGAAGGAAAAGAACAAGGGGAAAAUAAAAGAGAAAGGGAAAAAGAAAGCAGAGGAGCCUGAGGACACAGAGAAAAAGAGCAAGAAAAUAGGCUUUGGCCUGCUGAGAUUCGGGAAGAAAAAAGAGGAGAAGAAGGACUCAAAAACAGCUCUCCAGCAACAGAAGUCAGGCCUUCUGAGUGAUCAUGAGUUCGAGAGGAUGAAAGAUGAGAGAGAAAGGAUCGAGGCAGGGCAUCCUGAGCUGCGAGAGCAACAGCUCAGAGACCAGCAAGGUGGCGGUGGCGGGUCGGCCUAUCCGGAUGUCGAAGAUGACGACACAGACCCCAACUACGCCCGAAUACAAUCCUUCAGGAACCGUGAAAUGGGUCCAAUGUCACUGCCACCGUCUCAGUCACCUCCCUACAAUACAAUUCAGCACACCCAUCCUGGCACCCCUUCCUCCCAAGGCCGUUCUGCCUUACCAGGGCAUGGGAAUCAUGGUAACGACCCUGGAGCCAUCCCUGAUGGUGACCCCCUUGAUAGGCUGUACGCCAAAGUCAAUAAACCAAGGGGAGCUGGAACUACAUCCCCUCCUGUCUCUGCUACUGCUAAUGACAGCAGUGUGGACAGGAUCCAGCAGCUAAGAAGAGAAUACCAGCAGGCAAGGAGAGAAGGAAUGGUGCCGCCUUAUGAAGAACUGGACCCACGACGCAGAGGACAUGAAAACGACGCACACAGGAUGCCAGGCAGAGGGACAGAUCAUCGGUUGGCACCACGUUAUGAAGAGGUGGAACGUCAGUAUGCCUCCUUACCAAGACGAGGUCCGUUGGAUCCAGCUGACUACCCCAUGCAGCACUGGUCAGGUCAUUACCCCGGACCUCCUCAGGCCCCACAGGGAUACCCUCAGUCCCCGUCCUACCCUAACCCCAACUCCCAGUCUGCCCCUUCCUACCCUAACCCCAACUCCCAGUCUGCCCCGUCCUACCCUAACCCCAAUUCCCAGUCUGCCCAAUCUUACUCCGGCUACCCACCUGGUCAGCCAUAUGCACGGCUAGGUGACCCUCGGAGCGUCGACCCUGGGUACUACCCCCACCCAAGCUCCCAGCAGAGAGGGCCCUUACGGCAGGAUGUGCCCCCGUCUCCUACCCCGCCACUUCGUGGACUACGGUACGACACGUUGACGCGUGGAACCAGGGGUGGAGGUUACAGGCACCUGGUGGAUCCCAGUCCAGACCAAUAUGGCUAUACUGGGGAGGGAGGAAGACAGCAACAGCAACACCAAACCAACCCAAGACAGAAGAAUGCCAUGACUGCAGCUGUGUAAACCAGUCAGGUGCAGAGAUGAAAAUGAGCAGAAUGCUAACUGCUUUGCGUUGUGCAGCUCUUCUGUUUGUGGUACUCCAAUGAAAUAGAGUUGAAACCUCUUAAUGGUAUGAUUUGAAUCACUAUCAUUAUCAAACGCCGUCUACGCUGUUUGAAGUAUAUGGUAAUACACAGACAAGCAAGGUAAAGGAGGUUAAUUAUAGAGUGGCCCGGCGUGAUGCAUAAUGGCUGGUUGUUUGAAGUCAUUUGAAUCGCUUCUCGCAGUAUAAAAUUAGCAGGCUUUUUACUUUUCACUAUACUCUGAUUAAGUCGUCUCUUUCACAAAUCAGUCCGAGCCACGAAGGUAAUUGGAUUCAUUUAAAUUAAGACGUACAUACAGCUCUACACAUUCUCAUAUUGUACCUGGUGGUUUCACUGCUGCCGCUGACAAAACACAAGAUAUUCUACAAUCUAACAUGGAGUAACAUGUUAACCUUGUGGCUGUGUGUGGCCAUUCAUAGAAAUAAAUGACACCUUUUAGCGUCAGUAUCUCUGUGCGAUAAAGCCAAAUUGAGACUGAAGCAGGUUGUGUAUACAAAGAAGUGAUCAUAAGGCUUUAAGUCUCCGCUUGAGGUUGAGUUGAGAUGUAGAAGAUGAUGGAAAAUGUUUCUGCAUUUCAAAACUGUGAAUAUCAACAACAUGAUAUAUGUUAGUACGUUAGUAACGGCUGCUGAAACAAAAAAAUCAUCCUAACUCUGACGAUAUAUGCACCCAUGCAAGAUUAACAAUGGCAAAUCUACACGGCAUUUAAAAUGUGGGCGUCAGUUACAGUAUGUUAUUAAAUGAAGAGCAUUUUGAGGCCUAUUAACUUAUUUUGCCAAACAGGGAGAACGCCACUAUACCAGCCUAUAUUCAAGUAUAGAUGUACUUGUGACAAGUCUGAUGUAUCACGUACAGUAUUGUUUAGUCAAUGAAUUAUGGAAACAGUUGAAUAAUUGAAGUGCUCUAUAAAGCACAGUAGAGCACUGUAUGAAUUAUAUUUACGUGUAAUAAUGUUUUUAAUAAUGCUAUGACUGCCUUUCAUUUAUAUCUGAAAUAUUUCCCCCAGUAGGGAUGAGUUUAAACCUAUUUUUUAGUACAGGACUAGGUAUAAUCUGAGACUGAAACCACUUAUGAAUGGCUCUGUUCCUGCUUUAAAAUGAUCCUGGGAUAACAACAUGUUUAACCACUUUUGUAGAAGUACUGAAUCUCAAAUUUACAUUUAUUGGUAUUCAUUUAACAUCAUAUCCCCAUUAUUGGACUUAAAUUUGUCUUUGAAUAGUUAACCUUACUUAAAGUGACCUCAACUUGAAUGUAUGGAAUCUUCUUUGAUUACAUUUUCACAGUCAUCAGUACUCAAACCGUAGUACAGCCUGUGUUUAUUGAAUCAUUCCAGAGUGGUUGGAGUUUUUGCUCACUUUUUGGUUUUCCAUCAAACAUCCUAUUCAGAGAUAAAUAAUCUAUUGCUUUAAACAGCAAGCUGAAAACCACUUUCACCAGAGUGCUAAUAUCAACCUAUGAGCUUUGACAUACUGGAAGAAGCUCUGGGAAGAACAAUGCGACCAUUUUAGUAAUAACACUGCAACCUCCUGUCAAAUUGCAACCCAGUCGAGAGCAAGAAAAUACACACACCGACUAUUUGACGCUUCACUUUACACUGUUAAAACUUUUUAUUUCUGCUUUCUCUUUUAAUGAGAGUAACACAAUAGUUUUCGGGGAAGGGCACAUAUGUGAUAAUGGUGCUUUAACAUGAUAGACAGCGAUGUGAAAUAAAUUGGGGAAUUGCAAGAAAUUGGCAAAAACUCCAAUAAUGGUGGAAUAGUUCUUUGUUCCAUACAGUUCAGCCAAACCACUACAAUGGGCGAUUGUGUCACCAUUUGCAGGCUUUAUGUGCCGGAGUAAAGUGUUUAUGCCUUGGAGGUGUCCAUGUUGGGUAAACCAGACAGAAAAGCCAAGCAUUUAACUACCCUGUUGCAGAGCUCAUUUUCACUCUGUAUUACAUAGCAGCCUCUUUCUUUCUCUGCGUUGUCUGUGUAUGCCAUGUACUAUAAAUUGUAUGCGAUAGAUGUUCGUGGCACAUCUCUGUGACCUCGUGGUGUAGGCGUCACCGUGUGGUGAAGUGUUCACAAGUCUUGUUGAAACAUGAGUUCAGCUUCAGAGUGCUCUUCUCAGUGCGCCACAGUGUACAGUAUAUCCAUUUAGCCACUUGCUAAACCAUCAAUUAAGUUUAACUAAGAGUUAGAGUGCAGCUCAGCAUUUCCGUAUUUCAUUCUACAAAGCUCAGCAGUAUUAUUUUCAAUGGAGAUUAAAUGUUUAAAUUGACAUUUCAGGAUUAGAUGAAUUGCAUUUCUGUUAAUUUGACAGAGGAUGAAAUCCCACUGAAGUGAAUGUGAAAAGAAUGAAGAAAUUGGACUAAUGCCCAAAUUACGUAGAUGUUUUAUCUCAAAACCAUCUCAUUUGCUUGUUUGUUUGGCACGUGGAUCUUGACUGGAAAGAGGAAAGUAGGAGAGUUAGAGGGGUAAAGAUUACAGAAAAACAGAGAAAGAAGGAAUGAGAGAAGUAGAAUAGAUAGGAAGGAAUAAUGAAAAGGACGUAGAGAAGGAAGAGGGAUUAAAGAAAGAAGCAAUAGACUUAAAGUGUGCAUGGAGGGAGGUGGAAAAGAUGGUAAGAACACAUGCAGUGCAAGGCCAAAUCCUUUAUGGUUCACAAUGGUUUGAUUCAGAGAGUUUUCAAAGAAGAACAGAGCAGAGGAAAGAGUGAAAGUUCUUAAAUAGUUGGGAGGCAGUUGUUCUGCAGUAGGAGGAGGGUUACCGGAGUGGGCUUUAUAUUGACUGAAUGUAACUUUUGGAAUUACUUAGAAAUGUGUGUCUUUUUUAUACUGUUAUCACUUUUUAGCACCAGUAUGGAAAUCAAACUUUCAAAUCAAACUGUCAAGGUAUUACUGAAAGUACAAGAAUUAGGAGAUUGGCCUGGUGGUCAAGUAUGGAGAAGUGACACCAAAAUAGUUCACAUGUCCCUUUAGAUCAUUUACUUAUUUUGCUCAGUGUUAACAUUAACCACAGUAGCAAAUAGUAGGGUUAACUCCACAAUGCUGAGUGAUAGAAUAAUGUGCCUAGCAUUACCUCAAAUGUUACAAAACAUGCAGUAGGUCAAUAAUAAAUGGCAGUUGUCUUGUAAUUAAUCUAAGUGUAAAAUGUGAAGUGAAAGAAGGGGAAACCAUAAACACAAAACAUAAAUGUAAUAUGAUAACAACAAAUUAUAUUGUUUUAUGCUUCCAGGACCUUCGGGGUGAUGGGUAAUAAGACAUAACUAAUCAUCUACACUGCUGAAUUAAAAUGUUUGAAUUGUAGCCAAUAUACCAAAACAAAAAGUGUUCUGUACAUUACUAAAAGGUCAAUUGUAUUGCUUUGGAUAAUCAUAGCUGCCUAUAUUUUACAGCAUGUUAUGGAGCACCAGAGAAAAUGAUCUAGUGGGGGACACACUCACAUGGACGAUUUUGGUGUCGUCAUUCCAAAACCAGAAUGCAGAAGGUGGAAGGUGUUGUGUUAACUAUGUGUCUCUCAAUGCUGCAUCAGUGCCUGGUGAAGCUUUGCUGAGCUACAGUAUAUUGAGAUAUGAACACUACGUGAAGGUUAAUCAUUGUUACUCCUCUGAUGCUGGUACGCAAUUCCCAUGUACUCUUCAAAUGCAUUUAUUUUUUUUUAUAUUUUAAUAUUUUUUAAUGAUAGUUAGUGUUGUUGGUUGGUUAUACAAGAGCCACUGAGUGUUUGGCCACUGUUACCAUGCUACUGUAAGAAAGCGGUUUUGAUCACAUAUUUAGCCAAAUUUGGUUCAUGUUGUUUUUUUUCUCAGUUUUGGAUAUGCAAUUAUAUCAAAAUAAUAAACUUUACAAGCAAUUUUCAACUUGCUCUUUUAAAAGUGGUAAGAAAAAUUAAUUUUGUAUUGUUGCAUAGCAUGGUUAACAUAUCAAAUAAUCGGCAAGUAUGGCUCUUUGGUUUUUGGCAGUACAGUAUGAGUUGCACAAGCUGAGGGUACUAACCAGAGUCUUCUAUGUAAAGAGUUGUGGUACUCCUGGUUCUCCCUGUACAGAGACCAGUAUAUGAAGGAGCCAACUAAACAACCUCUCUGUCUUAGAAGUAUAACUUUUUUUUUAUAUUAAACUGCUUAUAUCCAAAAA